GUCAGCUUUUUUGCACAUGUUGGAAAACUACAUAGGUCAUCACCAUUCACCACCACCCUAAGUUUCACAUUAUAGUUCAAGUUUGGAAUAAGGAUGUUCAAGCAAGGAAAGCAAGCCAUCCAUCAAACUUGAUCAUGAGGUAAACGUGGAAAAUUGGAAACCAGAGCACACAUUUAUAUAGCUUUCACAGGUUGCAUGAUAAUCAUAUUAGUGUCACGUUUCUUACCAAAGCUUGAGGUUUAUUUUAAUUGCUAGUUCACCCAUCAAUGGCUAAUGCAAGAGGUGCUACUCCAAGGGUUGGAGUAACAACAAGGGCACGGGCACGGGCACAAACUCCAGUUGUUGAAGAGAUUGUACCUAAUUCUGGAUGGACAGAGGACUCUGCAGGGCAUUAUCUUCUAGUUGAUCUUCCCGAAUUCAGGAAGGAGGAGGUGAAGCUUCAGGUUGAUAGCUAUGGCCGUAUCGUUGUAAAGGGAGAAAGGCAAGCAAAUGAGCAGAAACGUGUUCAUUUUCAGCUGGUUUUUCCAGUGCCGGUGGAUUCCGAUACGGAUAAGCUAGCCGGACAUUUUGAUGGUGGAAUCCUUUAUGUGACUGUCCCCAAGCGAGUAGCAGAAGAGAAGAACCAAGAAAGUGAAGCUGAGAAAGCUGGGAAUGGUGAUGUAGCUGAAGCUGAAAGAGCACAAGAACAUGAUAGCCAUGAACCUGUUGUUGAUCAUGAGAGGAGGGAUCCUAUGCCACAACAUGAAAACCAUACUGAGCAGGAGGAAGAAAGAAGAAGAAAUGAAAAUCCGCAGAUCCAAGAACUUUCUGAACAAGUCAUAAGGAAGUGGAAUCAAGAAUCCAUGCUCAGAAGUGCAAGGGUGGUUCUGAUAAAAAACAAAGGAAUUGUUAUAACGGCUGUCAUAGCCUUUUCCUUGGGUCUGUUCAUAUCUCGUAAAUUUGAUUUCUCAGCAGAACCCUAAAUCAAGUCCUUUGACCUGCAUCCAUUAAUGUAUAUCCCUCAAUUCAGGUCACUUUCCUUUUAUAUGUUUGUAUAGAAUAAAGCAUCAUGCAGAUAUUCAAACAUUAAUAAUAAUAUAUCUGCUUCAUCUUCUUCUUUUCCAGUUAGUCUUUAUAUCUGCAUUUGUAAUUUGAUUUAACUUAGCAUGUCUAAUUGAGUUAGUUGUGUGUGUUC